AUGGUGCCAUUAUACCAAAGGAUAGAAGUCCUAUCUAAACAAAUCCAAUAAAAAUUUGAAAUUAAUAGCUUAAGUAAUUUGAUUAAAUUUGUUCAUAAGCAAUAUUAAGCAGAGUAAACAUUAUAACUGGAACUUCAAACAUAAGAAUCAAAAUUAAAUCAAUUUUUUCUUAUACGAUUUAACCAAGAAUAAUUAUUGUUAUGUAAAAAGAAUUUAUUAAUGAUAGCAAAGCUGACUGUGUUAGUGAAUUUUUUUGAAAUCCGAUUAAAACUAAAAGAAAAAAAAAUUUUUUCGCAACUAUCAAACCAUCAUGGAGAAGUAUUUUUCUUUUCUUUAAUUCCUUUUAUGAAUUCUUUAACGAAAAUAUUGAGGAGAGUAUUACUAAAUUACAAAUUAUGA